UGGCUCUACGCACCGCUCUACGAUUCUAAGCACAAGAAAACCAGAAGAGAAAGGGUCGAGGGCAGCGGUACAUGGCUCUUUGAGAGACAAGAAUACCAGGACUGGUGCCGUGAAACUAGCCCGCACCGAUCGCUCUGGUGCCAUGGAGGCCCCGGAGCAGGCAAGACAUUUAUAACUUCGGCGACGGUCGACAAUCUUCUUGCUACGCACGAAGACCGGGAGGUUGGGAUUGCCUACAUCUAUCUCGACUACGCGGACAAAGAAGCGCAAACGCUCGAGAAUGUCCUUGCAAGUAUCCUGAAGCAGAUUUCUCUCUGUAAAAAGAAGGAGGGUAUUGAGGAAGUGCAGCGCCUGUGGGGCGAGUGCCAGAUCGAUAACCGAAGUGCUGAAGCUGAGGCUUUGGUGGAAACCCUUGGACGGAUGUGUCGACAUUUCAGGCAGAUCUUUAUUCUCAUCGACGCCCUUGACGAAUGUUCGGACGAGCUUCGUAAGUUGCUCCUGAAGCAUUUGAAGGCUCUCGAUGAUCCAAGAUGGAGGUUCUUCCUCACAGGUCGGUCUCAUCUCUCGGACGUUAUCCAGAAGAUCCUGCCAUGUUUACAGGUGAUCAUCGCUGCACACAACAACGAUGUCGAGAAAGCUGUGCUAGCAAGGAUACAUCAUGAAGAAGAUUUGGCAGAGUUGUUCGAGGACAACCCGUCACUGGAAAAGAAGGUUGUGUCGAAAAUCAUAGAAAAGGCAAACGGGAUGUUUCUGCUUGUGUCUCUUAUGCUGAACGGCAUUGCUACCAGCACAUGCGAAAGCGACAUAGAAGAGUCGCUUGACCAACUGCCACUCGAUCUGGACCAAUCGUACGAGAAGACUUUAGAACGGAUCAAGGAUCAGGACUCUAAAAAGGUUGAACUCUCGUACCGCAUACUUUGGUGGUUGUCCCGAGCCAGACGCCCAUUAUCGUGCAACGAGCUUCUUCAAGCUAUAGCGGUAAGAGACGGUGACCGAGGACGGAACACGAAAAAGGAGUCUAAGAAAGGUAUCAUGAUCAAAGCCUGCAUGGGUCUUGUAUUCAUGGACGAUACAGGCAAAUUCCGUCUAGUGCACUUCUCAACCCAGGAGUACCUCCGAACUCAUUUCAACGACUCAACGAUGGAGCAGCAGCUAGGAGAGAAUCACAUAAUGGCCAAAGCCUGUCUAACCAUCCUGUCGUACGAUGAGUUCGAAGGAGGACAUUGUGAUACCUCAGGAGCGUUAGAAAAGCGUUCCGAAAAGCACCCCAUGUUGACAUACGCCGCUAGUCACUGGCAUGAACACUUGGGUGAAAGCAUGACCAGAGAAUUGAGAAGUCUUGCUAUGGAUUUCCUUCGCAGCUCAGCCAAGACACCACUCGUACUAGCGAUCCGACAUCAUCAUGC